UUUCAGAUUUGUUGGAGGAUUUCUUUCCACCGUGAUGAUGAAUUCUCAAUGUUUGGUUGRCUGAAACCAUCCAUGUCUCUGACAGCAGGGACCCCCAGGAGCACUCCCUCUGAAGAACGAUGAACCUGUGGCUCAGCUGUCUUCUCCUGUCGGCGUCUGUGUUUCUGAGCGGCUCGGCUCCGACGCCCGAGGAAUGCCAGGCGCUGCUCACGCCCGUGUCUCUGGCCGACCCYUCUGUGCUGCAUGGCAGAMUGAACUUCCUGGUGGGAUACACGAAUCACGAGGCUUCUAAAAAUAUCCUUAAAUCAACCGACAGCUCCUGGGUGAAAAUCUCAGCGUCGCCGACAAACGUCUCUGAGAUUAUCAUGAUUCAGGAAAAUAAAAUAAAUGGAACCUGCCUCGGUUCGAAGGCGAGGGUGACAGUGGAAGGCUUCGCUGCGACGACAUCGCUUCCCAACGUGACCGCAGUGUUUCACGUGCUGCCGAGCUGUCAGGGCUGCCUGACCAUCAGCAUCAACAGCACAGCCAAAAACAUCAAGCAUCUCCUUAAAGUCAUGAACCUCCACAACCCCACAGACACUGAGGAGUUCCACGCUCACGCUCUUUAUUUUUUAGGCCCGGAGUCGACCGUAAAGGACUCGGAUCUGGAUCAUUUCAAGAAGCAGGCGAGCUGCUUCGGCUUCUCCAGAGAACCGGACUACCACUAUGAUCCUAACAAAGUCUCUUCAGGUUUCUGCCAGGAAGGUGAAGGCCUCAGGCUGCCGUACUCCCACUGAUCCUCCAAACAGUCAGCCAGAAACAAAUAAAUCAAGUUGAAACUCUUCAUUAAAAUAACAAUAAAUGAUUUAUAAACAAG